CUUUGGGAUGCUGAAGGUGCUGAAAUAGCUGUGAGGACAAGGGACUUGGCUCAGUUUUAAAUAUCUGCCGAGCUGCCCGAAGACUCUGAGAUGACAAUAGGGGAAAUGGAGAAUGUGGAGGUCUUCACUGCUGAGGGCAAAGGCAGAGGUUUGAAGGCCACGAAGGAGUUCUGUGCUGCCGACAUCAUCUUCGCCGAGCGGGCUUAUUCCGCUGUGGUUUUUGACAGCCUGGUGAAUGUUGUGUGCCACACCUGCUUCAAGAGGCAGGAGAAGCUCCAUCGAUGUGGGCAGUGCAAGUUUGCCCACUACUGUGACCGCACCUGCCAGAAGGAUGCUUGGUUGAACCACAAGAACGAAUGUUCGGCCAUCAAGAGAUAUGGCAAGGUGCCCAAUGAGAACAUCAGGCUUGCGGCACGCAUCAUGUGGCGGGUGGAGAGAGAAGGUAGCGGGCUCACUGAGGGGUGCCUGGUCUCCGUGGACGACCUGCAGAACCACGUGGAGCACUUCGGGGAGGAGGAGCAGAAGGAGCUGCGGCUGGACGUGGACACGUUCCUGCAGUACUGGCCGCCGCAGAGCCAGCAGUUCAGCAUGCAGUACAUCUCCCAUAUCUUCGGCGUGAUUAAUUGCAAUGGUUUCACACUCAGUGACCAGCGAGGCCUGCAGGCUGUGGGCGUGGGCGUCUUCCCCAACCUGGCCCUGGUGAACCAUGACUGUUGGCCCAACUGCACUGUCAUAUUUAACAAUGGCAAUCAUGAGGCAGUGAAAUCCAUGUUUCAUACCCAGAUGAGAAUUGAGCUCCGAGCCCUGGGCAAAAUCUCAGAAGGAGAGGAGCUGACGGUGUCCUACAUCGACUUCCUAAACAUCAGUGGAGAACGCAAGAGGCAGCUGAAGAGACAGUACUACUUUGACUGCACAUGUGAGCAUUGCCAGAAGGGGCUGAAGGACGACCUCUUCCUGGGGGUGAAAGACGACCCGAAGCCCUCUCAGGAGGUGGUGAAGGAGAUGAUACAAUUCUCCAAGGAUACACUGGAAAAAAUUGACAAGGCUCGCUCCGAGGGUUUGUACCACGAGGUUGUGAAGUUAUGCCGGGAGUGCCUGCAGAAGCAGGAGCCAGUGUUUGCCGACACCAACAUCUACACGCUGCGGCUGCUGAGCAUUGUUUCCGAGGUCCUCUCCUACCUGCAGGCCUUUGAGGAGGCCUCACACUAUGCCAGGAGGAUGGUGGAUGGCUACAUGAAGCUGUACCAUCCCAACAAUGCCCAGCUGGGCAUGGCCAUCAUGCGGGCAGGGCUGACCAACUGGCAUGCUGGCAACAUUGAGGUGGGGCAUGGCAUGAUCUGCAAAGCUUAUGCCAUCCUCCUGGUCACACAUGGACCCUCUCAUCCCAUCACCAAGGACUUAGAGGCCAUGCGGAUGCAGACGGAGAUGGAACUGCGCAUGUUCCGCCAGAACGAAUUCAUGUACCACAAGAUGCGCGAGGCCGCCCUGAACAACCAACCCAUGCAGGUCAUGGCCGAGCCCAGCAACGAGCCGGCGCCAGCUUUGUUCCACAAGAAGCAAUGAGGACCUGCGUGGUGGGGGAGGGGCGCCGUGGCUGGGGGACUUGGGAGACAUCCUGGAGGUGGUGGGUUUCUGGGGAGACCCUUGAUGAGGAAAUCAGGGUAAAGGGCAACUUUGUUGCCAUGGGAACGUACUGCUCUGUGAUCCCUGGUGUCAUUUUCUUUAACUUCAACUGAGUCCAAUUCAGUUUAACUCUAUCCCAGCCCAGCCCAGUCUAACUCAUCCUACAAGUGUUUAUUGGGUGCUAGACCUUAGGUAUAAAGAGGUCCCCAAGGUAACUGGGGAGAGGAAACAUAAACAAAACACAGAGUGACAAUAAAUGCAAUGGUAAGCUCUAUGGAGAGAGGGUAUGUGUCUAGGGUGUGUGUGUGUGUAGUCGUCGGGGGUGGGGGUGGGUGUGCAUGGAGGAGAUGACCUCUGAGCUGAGAGUUGCAGGUACCUGGAGUCUCUGUUGUCUGCUCACCUAUCUGUGCAGGUGUCUCAGGGAUAUUCAGGAUUUGCUGACUGGAAUGGGUGUUAUCCAGUUUCCACAGGUGACUGUGGAGUUAUGAAGAAGGGACUGUGUUUGGGCCAUGUGGGUCCUACUCAGAGAGCUAGAACCUCUUUAAUAAGGGUACUGUGCAGAAGGAGAUGGAGGUUUGCUCAAGCCACUUGAGGCCUCAGUUUAAAGUCUGUGUUCCCAGGAUUAUUCUGAAACUACUUUUAGAACAGAGAGGGAGUGGCUCCCUUCUCCACCCUCUGUGUCAAGCCCUGUGAUUCCCAUGCUCUGGGAGUAGUUGGACGUUAGCUGAGAUUUCUCUGGCCCAAGUCUCAAGGGUGAAGCUGAGGGAAAAAUUUGGAAACCCACCUACCUGAUAAUCAUGGGUCCAGCAGAAUUGGAUAUUUGAUUUGGUUACAUGUGCCUGGGUGGUCUAUAUCAGCUUAGACUUCAUCACUGAUGCCCAGGAAAUCUCUAUUUUUAGUUAUGAAUAAUUAUGACUUCCUUGGGUUAAUUUCUUUCAUUGUCCAUACUCUGAGUUCUCUGCUUUUCUUACCAGAGACACUUCACACUUAGGUUGGGACCUCUUUGGGGUAUGAUCAACUUACUCUCAUCUCCUGGGGCUCUUGAUUUUUCACUCAAAAGUGAGGGUCUUGGGAAUCAACCAAUCCAGCUGUCCCAUUGGCCUGGGACAGUUGUCCUAAUUGUGCUCUUGUAUCUUCUGGGAGCCCAAACUUCUCACCAGUGUUUUGGGGGAUCCUGGACCAAAACCCUCUUUUUGGGAGUGUCACCAAGUCUUCUAUAGCCUUUGGAGCCACUCUUGACCCCAGAGCUCUGACUAACAUCUUGAAGUCACAUGAUCCCCCCAGGACCUUUAUUUGUCACCUGUGUCUAAAGAGUCACUUUUUCCAUCCUUACACCCCUUCAUCCUCAGAACAAUCCACUGCCUCCCUUGGAACCUAACAGCCCUGCCAAUGUGCCAAAAUCUUUGUCCGAAAAGUUCUGCAAAGAUGCCAACUCUUUGCAGAAUACUUGUACCUGGCACUUGGCUCUUUUUUGAGGACACCUGCUUCUUUAGAACUUUCACUGGGAGAGUGACAGUUCUUCUAAGUCCACAUACUACAUGGCAAAGGAUGGAACCAGCCCUCUCCCAGGGAGCCAACUGUGCCAGUUCAAAUGGUCCGUCCCUCUUCUAUUCCUAGUCUUCCUAGGUGGCCCUAGUGGUAAAAACUGGCCUGCCAAUGCAGGAGACCCUGGUUUGAUCCCUGGGUUGGGAAGAUCCCCAGGAAUAGGAAAUGGAAACCCACUCUGGUAUUCUUGCCUGGGAAAUUUCACGGACGGAGGAACCUGAUGGGCUACAGUCUGUGGGGCCACAAAGAGUUGGACAUGACUGAAGUGACUUACCCUCAUAUAAAACCUUCCUCCAAAUCUCUUUCCUUCUUUGUCAGUCUCUUCUGCCACACUGCCGGUCAUUCCCCAAUAUUCCUGGUCUGUUUCCCAUCCCCUCUUCCUCAAAUUAGGUGUCUGUCUUCCUUUUGGCCCAUGCCCCCUUCCAGCAGAGUUCUGACCUAGAUUAAUUCAGCUGUCUUAUUUUCCCUCUGUUGUACCUGGAGGUCUGUGCACAGCCAGGAAAAUGGCACCUUUCAUCACAGGUUCCUCCACAGACUUCUCUCCAACCUCGGCUGGCCUUGGGGUGCAGCCCAGACAUGCUCCCGUGCCCCUCACUGGCUCCCCCUUUGCCCAGUGGUUAUUUCAGAUCUUCACUCCUGUUCUUGAGUUCUCUGCUUUCAGCAGGCCCUCAGUGUCUGCUUCAUGGAGGGGCCAGGAGAUGGGAUUUCCUCAGUUUCCUCUUCCCACAUGGGUUCACACAUGUCGUAUCUGUGCUUGUCCUUCCUGUCCCCGCCUCCUCACACCCCCUUCUCCUCCAAAGCCAAACUCUCCACCUGUGCCUGGGACUCCUGUCCCCUCCUGGGUCUUUGAACCUCGCUUCCCCUAUAUUCUCUCUCAUUUUGGAUUCUUCACAUUUCUGGCUUAUUUAAAGCAGUUAAUUGACAGGUGGGGGACUCAUAAUCUUUACGGUUAACUAUUUUCUAAAAGGCUUUGUCUCCCAUGUUUAUUAACAACUCUUUUUUUUUUUUUUAAUUAUUGAUUUUGCCUGCAUUGGGCUUUUUUUUUUUUGGCUGUGGCACAUAAACUCUUACUUGAGCACAUGGGAUAUAUUUCCCUGACCAGGGAUCGAACUCAGGCCCCCUGCAUCGGAAGCAUGGAGUCUUAGCCACUGGACCACCAGGGAAUUCCCUCUUUUAAAAAAAUGCUUUUUUAAUUGUGGUAACAGUUACAUAAUAUGAAGCAUACUAUUCUAACCGUAUUUCACUGUACAUUUCAGUGGCACUAAGUACAUUCCCAUUGUUGUGCUAGUCUCACCAUUGUCCAUCUCCCAAAUUUUUCACUUUCCUAAACUGAAGCUCUGUCCCUGUUAAAUACUAACUCCCCUCCCUGCUCUGCCCUGCAUCUACCAAUGUACUUUCUGGACCUAUGAAUUUGACUGUUCUGGGUACCCUGUAUAAGUGGAAUCAGACAGUGUUCGUCUGCACCUACUGUAUACUGGAAUUUAGCUUUCUUUACUUUUCAUUUCUUCCUGAACCCACUGCAGAAUGAGCAUGGCUCUUUCCAAGGUCGACUCUUGGCGGGACAUGAACUUUGUAUUAUUUGGCUUCUCUGAUUCAGUUGGCAUCACAGCCCUUGAUUUCUGGGCACCACAUCCUUGUAAUGAUUCUCUGUUGAGAUUUCUCUCCUGCCCUUGACAGGCUGGUACUUCCUAGAGCUGGUUUUGUUCAUUCUGGUCACUCAUCUCCCGCUGCACACCUUCCCCCAGGAGCUCAGCCAGGCUCUUUGUUUCCUCACUGCCUCAGGGCUUCCCUGAUGGCCCAGAUGGUAAAGAAUCUGCCUGCAAUGAUGGAGACCCCGGUUCGAUCCCUGGGUUGGGAAGAUCCCCUGGGGAAAGGAAUGGCAACUCACUCCAGUAUUCUUGCCUGGAGAAUCUUAUGGACAGAGGAGCCUGGUAAGCUGAAGUUCACAGACUCGCGAAGAGUCAGCACUACUGAGUGACUAACACUUUCAUACUUUUGAGGCUGAUAUCCUUAAGUCUGUACCCUCUAACCUUGUUCUUGAACAUGAGCCCCACAUAUCCUGUCAAAUGAUCUGCCCCUCAAACUCAGCAUGUCCAAAAGGAAACUCUUUCUCUUUCCUUUCUCCCCACUCCUGCACCUGUUCCUCCUCAACACCCAUUGCCCCCACGGAGAACAUCUGACUACUGGUCUAGUUACUUCCUGAAUAUCUACUUCAUCUGAGAUUUUAGUCAGAGCCACUUACUCAUGAGUCCUUGGGUGACCCAUGUCCUCCUGUGCCUCUCUGAGUUUUGAAACAUUGUGUCUAAAAUAUGUAAAACCUAUCACUCCUAUUCAUCUUUCAGCACCCAUUUUGGAAAUCACCCCUUCUGUAAAGCCCUUCCUGAAAGCUUUAGAUUCAGCUGGCUGCCUCUCUGAGUCUGUCAUAUUACCCUUGAAUCUCCCAUCAUAACAUUCUCCUCAUGACCUUACAUCACCUUUUUACUUGUCUGCCUCCUCCAUCAGAUUGUAAGCCUCUGGAGGGCAGGAGCUUUGUCCCUUUAUUCAUCUUUCUAUCCCCAGAACCUAGCACAGGUCCCGGGACAUAGUAGGCACUGAGUUAAUAUGUAUUGAAUGAAUGAUUAAGUGAAUGAAUUUGCUUAGAUCAGAGCACAAGAGACAUAGAACUGUGUAUCUUGAGUUUUUAUUAUAGCAGUCCACAGAGGCUAUUAAAUUUCCAUGU